CGAUCCUAACGCAGAACCAUAAAUCUGCCUUGAGGAUGCGCGGCUCCGGCGUGGUGCGUUUGAGGACUCCGGAGGACACACUGCUGCCGAGCGGGUUAUGAAGGGUAGGACGCACCGUCCGGUCCAGACCUGAACCACCGGCAUCCUGCCGUCCCGACAGUCCCGAUGGACUUCGUUUUGAGCGGCCUGGCGGCCUGCGGAGCGUGUCUGUUCACCAACCCGCUGGAGGUGGUGAAGACGCGGAUGCAGCUGCAGGGCGAGCUGCGCAGCCGCGGCACCUACCAGGUGUACUACCGCAACGUCUUCCACGCCUUCUACACCAUCGGCAAGGUGGACGGGCUGGCCGGCUUGCAGAAGGGGCUGGCCGCGGGGCUGCUCUACCAGUUCUUCAUGAAUGGGGUCCGGCUGGGCUCGUACGCCGUCAUCGAGUCCUGCGGAUACAUCCACACCGACGGCCGCGUCAGCGCGCUCAAGACCACGGCGGCGGGCGCGGCGGCCGGGGUGGUCGGGGCCGUCAUGGGCAGCCCCAUCUACCUGGUAAAGACUCACCUGCAGAGUCAGGCUGCCUCCUCCAUCGCUGUGGGGCAUCAGCAUCAACACCAGGGGAUGGUCCAGGCCCUGAAAGCUAUCCACCGGAAACACGGGGUCCUGGGGCUGUGGAGGGGCUCCAGCGCUGCGGUCCCGAGGGUCGCCGUGGGCUCAUCCACUCAGCUGUCCACCUUCUCCUCCUCCAAGGAGCUCGUCAUCGACCUGCAGAUAUUUCCUGAAAACAGCUGGCUGGUGGGUCUGACCGCGGGAAUGAUAAGCAGCGUGGUGGUGGUGCUGGCUAUGACGCCCUUUGACGUGAUCAGCACGCGACUCUACAACCAGCCUGUUGACCAACUGGGCAAGGGGAUGAUCUAUAAAGGAUUCAGCGACUGCUUUUCCAGGACCCUGAAGAAGGAGGGCCUGACCGGACUCUACAAAGGCUUGGGAGCCUCGUAUUUCCGACUCGGCCCACACACCAUCCUGUCCUUGUUCUUCUGGGACGAACUGCGCAAAUUUUACCGGAGUUACAGAUAACCCCUGUCGAAGACGCCGGGGAAUGGGUAACUCAUUAGGCCCUGAAUGCAGAGCUGAAAUGAGUCCUCGUUUAAAGAGUUUACGGUUAUGAGGUGAAAGAAAAACCAGGAGAUGCUUCCUUCUCUCGGGAAGAGAGAGCAAAGGUGACGUUUUCCACUCCAAUUAGAAAACCUAUUAAGGUGGAGAGUUAAGAAAGAAGGUGACGAUGCCAAACCCGACGCAUAAACUCAGUCAUUUAUCUGACGGAUUGGCUGCACCCGUGGUGAAUAUAUCAACCAUCACAACUCUUUUAUAGCACCUAAAUUCAUUAAUUAUUUCAUUCUAAAACAAAUAAAAGAAAAUGCACUUUGUACCUCGUGGAGAGCAGGUCACGAGUGGCCGUCCGCUUGCUACAGUUGUCCGUAGCAACAUCGUUAUGACACACUCUCAUCAGACAGGUUUAUAGAAGCUGAGCUGGAGAAAGUGUGAUGGUCACAUGAUACUUUGUGCUGAUGGGAGGUGAAAGAUAAUGUUGUGACAGUGAUAACUCGAGGGUAACGUCAUGACUUCCUUGACCACUAAACCCGUUGGGAAGAAGAAGUUUACUCCAAACUUGGAAAUCAGAAAAUGGCAUCAAAUAUGCACAGAAGACAGUAUCUUGAAAUGAAGGAAAAGACUAUCUGCUUGUCCCAAGACAUCCAUCCAUCCACCUGCUAACCACCCAUCCUAUUAGUGAUCUGUUAAAAAAAAAAAAAAACCUGACAAGCAUAAGUUAGCGCUUGGCGUGAAACCCCGAGGUUGAAUCCAGAGCACUGUUACACAGACGUAUGAAGUGGUAUUUUUUAUUAAUAUUGUGUAGCUGCUGUUUGUUUUGCCUUUUAAUAUGAAACCUUCUGCUUCUGCUGAUUUAUUCGCCACUCUUUCGCAACAAAAAUCCAAACGAUGCGUGUGUGAACCCGUGUCCACUCCCAAGAUUCACCCGGUCAAAGCGGGGUGUGGUGAGAGUGUUUGCACAGAUAAGGACGUCUCCUUGGUUACUACGGCAUGUUGUAACCGCCUGCCUCUGCAGUAACCACGAAACAUAGUAAUAGUGUAGCAGUAGUAUGUAGAAAACAUAAAAACUGAGCAAAAUGUGAGAAUAAUCCAGUCAUGAAUAUUUUAACUUAAUUUAAUUGAAGAAUUCCUGAAAUUUUGAUAAAUGUAUCCUAGUGCCACUAAAACCACUGAAUCACGUGCCUUAAUAACCCCCCAGGAUACAUUUACAACUGUAAAUUGAUAUAAAAUUGAUUAUAUUUAGCUUAUUUUUUUAAAUAGUAUUUAUAUUUUUCUUGCUACUAACAGCUGUUUGAGAUAUUUUAGUUUUAAACACAUGACUUUUAUGGUUUAUUUAUUUAUAACUAUUUAGCGCCACCUUAAAUGGUUACUGAUCAUGUUUGAGUGUGUUUCUUUAACUUGACUGCUUGUAAUGUUUUACAGAACUCGGUGCUUUCUUCCUUAAAUCCUCCUCCGACUCAAACCAAAUAACCGGUUGUAUUUGACAGUGAAAUGUUUGUUACGAAACCUGGCGAGCAUCCCGGAGCUGCAAAAACACAUUUUUGUCUGCUUGAUUUCCUGAAGGGAGCAAGAUUAAUGUCUGUGACCUGGAACUGAAGUUCUGGUCUCCUCGCUGCUCCACUUUCCCUCAGUAAUAAUGCACUCCUCUCAGCUGUAGAAGCUGCAAAAGCUCCUUUUGUGGAGUUUACCUGUGGAUAUAACCUUUAAAAACAUAAAAUAAAACCAACUCAAGCAGGAAAGGGCUCUGUAGUAGCAGUGUGGUCGGCCUGAAGCAGGCCUCUUUGUUUAGCCUUAAAAGGUUGAUGCAGAUCCGACCAGAGCCGUUAACGGCUGGCAGCUGCAUCAGGGUGUUAUCAGCCGCCGUCGUGCCACGCCGUCAUCGUCAGCUUGUCAUAUUUUGGCUCAGAGGGACUGGCUUUGAGCAUGCUGUCAGCCGCGGGAGUUGAACUUUCAACUUGGGAAUAUUCUGAUGUGGGGAAAGUUUUUUUGGGGGGGAAGGUGAUGAUGAAGAACUGGUUAUAAAUGAAUGUUACGAGCAGAAGCUUCUCAUAAAUGUGUUGCAAACUACACCUCCUGUAAAUUGAGGUCAAAGGAAAUAUGUGCGGCGGACAUGGAGAGCAAAUAAAUCAUUUUUUUGGACAGAAA